AUGGUAGAUCCAGUCUCCGUUAUCAGUCUUCUAGCUAUAGGAUUACACUCAGCGAACAAACUUUCUACUCUGGUUGGGGAUAUUCGAGACGCUCCACGAGAGAUCCAGAAUAUCUCGGACGAUUCCGCAUCUAUCUGCGAUAUCCUAUAUACUCUCAAUGGGUUUCUCGAGGAGAAAAAGGACUUCCAGCUUCCUACAGAGAUUACACAGAGCUUGCAGGUCCCUCUUGCGAGUACCCGCUCGGCCGCGGACAAUCUGGUCGAAAAACUCAAGCCUUUCGUGAAAGAGAAGGGUGAAUCGAAGACGUCGAAAUGGGUGGCUGGGAUUAGAUGGUCAUUCUCUCACAAGGAUGUGAAGCAGCUGGCUGAGCAAUUGAACAAUGGCAAGUCAACACUGAGUAUGACUUUGGCCGUCGUCAAUGUAAUCAAAACUUCCCAUGUCAAGAACGACACCACCGAGAUCAUUGAGUACUUGAAAAGACUCAAUCAUGAAUCGGAAGUAGCGCAAGAAAGUACGGAGGGUCAAGGGACAUCAGUUCAAGCCGGCGUUGAAGGCUUCGACACGCGCAUGAAGGAUGUCAACUUUGCCAUGACAAGGUUUCUUGAAACUUCGUCUACCGCAAUUGAGUCUCCAACUCAUUCGCCGUGGGCUUCAACAACAGAUGUUGCGCAAGUUUCGACUUUCGAUGGAAAUCUAGACGAUAAUGAGUACUCCGAUCUUGAUCGCUCACCAACGUCGGCAAAGCAAGAUUAUGAACCCGAGAUUCGGCAUAUGCUCGCACAAGAGCAGGCUCACAGUUUCAUGAACGAAGAUGGUCAGACGGCCCUGCACCUUGCAGCCAAGCAGGAUGCGUACUUGACGUGGGACGUUCUCAGCUGUGGCGUUGACAUUAAUAUCCGCAAUGUCAACGGUGAAACUCCGCUGAUGUGCGCAGUCAAUGCGGAGAACCUAGACACCGUAACACUCUUGCUCAAGAAUCAUGCUGAUGUCAAUGCGGUAGAUGAUCAGCAGGCAACGUGUCUUCAUUUGGCAGCGUCGAAGGAUGAAUCUGGAUCUAUAACUCAAUUACUCUUGAGACGUGAACCAGAUACCGAAAUGCUGGAUGAAACCGGACGAACGCCAUUGUUCCGCGCAGCCUUCACCGGUAAUGAUGCGAUGGUCCGCCAACUACUUAAAUUCGGGGCCGAUCCGAAAGCCAAAGAAUCGGACGGCUUCAGUGCUCUACACUACGCUUGCAUGCAAGCCAACCACGUCUUCACGAGCCGUCUCCUCGACAAACGUGGUCCCGACUUUGAGGCAUUUUACGAACUCGCCCGGUACGGCCUACCCGCCGAUCCUUCCCAUUCUACCAUCUCAAAGAGGCGCGCCCAAAUAGUCCACAGCCUCCUCGCGCACGACGCCAACGUUCACGCCAGCAGCGAAGGCUUGACACCCUUACACAUUUCUGCCGCAACAGCUCAAGAACAACUCGUAAACAUCCUGCUGUCCAACGGCGCAAAGGCUACCGGCGUCCCCGUUAUUACCGCCUACUGGGGCCUCACUCCAGAGACAGUCGACCUACUCCUCACCCGCGGCGCCAACGUAUCGGCUACCGACUGCCGCUGGAACAAAACCGCCCUGACCUGGACCGCAGAGAUCGGCUCCCCCACCACGCUCAAGGUACUCCUCAGCCACGGCGCUAGCGUGCACCAUCAGGACACCCAAGGCUCUUCGGCUUUACAUUACGCCGGAGCGAAUGCUCGCAACGAGUCCAUCGCGCUCCUCCUGGACGCCGGCGCAAAUCCCAACUUACUUGACUCAGGAGGUAGCACACCGCUCGUCAGGCUCGCCUCGGCCCGUCGUUUCUACCUUGCGGGCAGGUGGUGGAAUCCCUCAGCCGCGGAGCGUAAGAAAGCAGCUACGCUACUGCUCGGUGCUGGUUGCAACGCUUCGAUAAAAGACAUGCAUGGGAACCUGGCAGUUCAUCACGCGGCCGGGAACGGGUACCGAGGUGUUCUAGAGGCGAUUGAGAAGGCGGGAGGAGAUAUGGAGUUGCUGGACGGGUUUGGGAUGACAGCGGUGGAGUGGGCAAAGGAGAGGGGGAGGAUGGAGGUGGUGAGUGUUCUAAAGAGAAAAAGGGCGGUGAGAAGGGGAGGGGGCGGGGAAAAAGGAAAGGAAGAGGAGGGUGAUGAGUCUGCUGCACAUCAAGUCAGCAAAGCAUGA